AUGCAGGCGCAGCGUUCCGAAGAUGCUAAUCUCCGCUCGACUGAUGUGGAGGAUGCCAUUGGAGAUAUGGCAAGCAAGAUAUGCCGCAAGAGCAAAGCAGAGUCCGCCAUGCAUGAUGCCGAACGUGAGACUCUGAAGCAUCGGCUUCAGCAAGCUCUAGAUCGCCAGGGCCUUCUUCAAGGUCGACUAAAAGCCGUUGAGCAAGAGAACGAAAAUCUCUCCGCAGCUAUGAACGAGCAGGCAGCAAAACUCUUCGGGCACAGGUCGAAGACCAGCCGUCUGAAAGCUUUUGUUGAUGGCCUGGGGAAUGAUUUGGCUGUCGUCAGAAAAGAUUCAUUUGCCCAGCGGCAGCAGACUGAGCAGCUAAUCGGCCAUGUCAGUUUAAACAGGCUUGAUCACACUUCUUUACUGCAGCAGAUGUCUGCUUGCACUGAGAGGUCUACACAGCUGAAAGCGGAGGCAUUGAAAGCUUUGCGCGAAACCAAUGAGAAGCUUGCAGUGGCAACUGUUCGGUCUUCAACCCUCGAAGAGCAGGUACACGAGAAGGGCCGGCUGCUUUCUGAGGAGAAGCAGCUUCGAUUGCACUUACUGAGUCGGCUGAAAGAUGAAGAUGCCUCAAGUGGAGCCAUCACAAGGCAGAUGAAAACGGCCUCCGAUACAAUCCUGGACAAAUUACUUCGACCGUGGAGGAAGUCACCUCUCUCAAGGGACUUGUGGAGUCUAUAUCUGAAAGCCCGUUCCUUCGAGGUCCGGUUCAAGGACGCACAAAAGAAGGAGGCCGAGUUGGAACAGCAAAUCGUGACACUGAAGGAACAAGUGGCGGCUCAAUCAAAUUCCAAGAUCGAGCCAGCAGAAGGCAUCAAGCUGAGCGACGCGCUCAAACAUGCAGAAGCUCAGCUGCAGCGCAACGUGGAACAAAUUGUUGACUUAACAACUGCAAAGUCAACUCUGGAGGAGAAACUCAGACUCGUGCAGCAGAGUAAUGAAGCUCCUGAAUUAUCUGCAACUUUGACGAAUGCGGAGGUCCAGCGUCAGGUUGCCCACAAGAUUGACCAAAUUCGAACAGAAAUGGCGAGACAUAACCAUGAACUGCAGACUCGUGACUCCGCUGAUACAGACAAUGAGAACAAGAGAUUGGUCCACGAGAGUGCGAGACUCGCAAGAGAUGUUCGAAGUCUUGAGAAUAAGCUAGCUUCUGCCAAUGCCGACCUGGAAAUGUAUCGAGCUCAAUUUGACAGUAGUAACAGGGAGGUAGAGGGUUUGAAGAGGAUGGUGAAUGCAAGGGAAGCAGAGGUCUCGGGCUUUGGAGCCGCGCAGAGCAACUUAGAAGCUGUCCAAGACGAUCUCGAGAAGUCCCGCGAUAAGGUGAAAGCUCUCAAUGAACGGCUCGCUGCUGGACAGAAAGAGGGCGAACGAGCUGUCGAACAGAUCGGAGCGCUACGAAGAGUGGUGGAAACCCUUCCGAGCAAGGUGCACAGCGGUGAAGAUCGCGAAAGCAAAUUGCGUACUCAAGUCACUGGACUCCAAGGCCAAGUCAGACGGGCGCACGAAGAUGCAAAACGAGUCGAAGUCAAAUAUGACACCGAGCGCCAUAAGGCGAAGGCGGCAGUUGAGAAGACUGCAACCGAGCUUCGAGCAAGGCUGUCCGAGGCCACAGAGGAGCUGAUGAAAGCGAGAGCUGAGAAUACUGGGUUUCUCGAGCAAGUGGGAUUUAGCUGGCAAGAGACUGCCAAGAGUCACGAGCAAACGGUCAUAGGACUCAAAGCUGAUUUGGUCAAAGCUGAGGCUGCCAAAAAUGUGGCUCUUCUCGAGAAUCAAAAGCCUGCACGCGGUAUGUCACCUCAUCGAGACGCAACAGAAACGAUUCCAGCUCCGGUUGUUCAAGAGUCCCAGGUAAUUGCACACGAACAUACCCUGCCGGACAAGAUUCGAGGAGCCGUUGUUGAAGAAUCACAAGAUGUCGAACCUGCAACUACGCCCCGGACUUCCUCCCCGCUGACAGCCGCAACGGUCUCUGCAAAGCGUGUGGUUGCUGUACCUGGCACACAGGCAGACUCUUGCCAGAGCUCCGGCAUGGGUCUCCAGCGCAUGGAUCCGCUGCCCUCUUUUGCUGCAUUCAACAACACACGGCAAGCUUCAGAGCCUGACUUCAGCAUCUAUGAGGAUGCUGUGAACCAAAGCGAUCCAGACAACGCAAUGAGUCGAAGCGGGCAGGAUGGAUCGGGAAAGAAGCAAAAAGAAGCGGUCGGAGGGUUGAAGCCUGCACGCGGAACAGUGAAGCGGAAGGCAGACAGCCAAAUCAUUGAUGGCUAUGAGCACGAGCGCAAGCAGCGAAGGGCGGCGGCGAGCGAUGCGACAUCUCACCCACAGUCGAAAUCUCUCGGCCUGGUUCGACGCUCGAGUGUGAAGGAUCUGCCUUCCAUUCCACGGUCCAUGCAUAGCUCUGCUGGCACUACAGCGCGACAGACACGGGCUGCGAAGCGAUUGACCACAAGUAAGAAGAAUUUUGAGUCACGAGAGCAUUGA